GGUUGCUCAAAGAAACAAUUAAAGCAUAACCGCUAAACGGAAGGAAGUGCAUACCACAAGUGCUUUCCCCACUUAUCCUUGCAUGCUGAACACAAAUCGCAACGAAAGUUUUUCAAGACUCGCCCCACUUAAAAACUAGUUUUUGCUAUUGUUAUUGCUGCUGUUGCUGUUGUUGCUGUUAUUACUGUGUUGCUGUGUUGCUGGUGUUUCCUUUGUAACCCUAUGUUGGCCACGCCGUUUUGUGUAAAAUGAAAACUGAAAAUUUCCACAAGUACAGCGCUCCUUUGUACAACUUGAAAAGUACUCGCGCUCAUUCACAGGCCCAACCGCAGAGUGUCGGCAACAGCAAUCCACAUAACUUGACAUCGCUGCUGACAAGCGAGAACUUGCGUAAUCUUGCGCAGAGUCGUCCAUCCGGAUACUCCGACAGGGAGAGCAUCUGUAGCCUCAGCAGCGCAGGCGGACGGAUUAAGAGGCGAUCGAGAAAUUUCUCGAUGAAGUCCUCGAAGGGCAUCAGUAAGAAGAGCAAGACCAUGGAUUAUACUAACUAUGCCUACAACGAGGCAGUUGGCCGUUUGAAAGUAAUGCUGGCCGACAACUCCUACACGGCCACGCCCAAAUUGGUUGGCAAUCCGUCGGCUUAUUUGCGCAACUUCAACGAGGACUCUGGCGAUAAUUUCUCGGAUAAUUUGUCGGUCAUUGAACGACCUGUUUUCUCGGACAUUUCCAAGUAUUUGUCGCCCAGCCAGAAGUCGCGCAUUAGCUCCUAUCGCCCCAAGAAGAGUUACAAUUCCGGUUAUCUCUCCGUUUCCAAGGAGAACCUGGCCACGAAUCCUUCGGUCUAUGCGAGCAGCAGUGUGCCAGUUCCCCCUUUGCCCACGGACAGCGUUCAGGCACCUGUCGAGAUCUUCAGUUUCAUUGAGAAGCAGGAGGAUUACAUUGAGCAGCUCGAGAAGGAGUCCAAGUACUGUCGCAACGAGCUGACCAACUUGCUCGGCAAGGUCAAGGACGUGAUCAAUGAGAACGAGCAUCUAACGGAGAAUGCUCGCACUGAGCUUGCUGCCCUUGGUGGUGCCAAUGGCACUGGAACUGGUACUGGCUCUGGCACUAUUAAGCCGAUGGUGCAGACCACCACUAGUCCCUCCUCGGACAGCGAUGAGCAUCUGCUCUAUGCCGGCCGUAAGACGCCAACUACGCCACGUAAGAGCAACAUUAAGGUGCAAUCUCCGCGGUACGCCAGUGCCCCCAACAUUGUCUACGAGGCACGCAUCAGUGAACUGGAGGCGGAGCUGAUGCAGGCCAACAUCGAUCUGAAGCGUGUUCGCACCGAGAAUGAGGAGCUCAAACGGAAGCAGGCCCACACCGAUCCUCGUAGCGCCGUGGCCCUUUUGGGCAGCGUCAACUGCGAGACUCAUCGCAAACAGCUGGAACUGCUGCAACAGGAGAAAACCAGUCUCGAGGAAUCGGUGCGCCAACUGCAACGCAUGCUCGACGAGGCGAAGUCUCUGAAUCAUAAUAGCGCCAACUGCUCCAAGCGCUACAUCAGUGACCUGGUUCAGAUGGAACGCUCCCAGGCGGAGUUGGAGGUGCGUCACCUGCGGGAUGAGCUUGACCGGCAGCACGAGCGGGUCCGGGAACUGCAGCAUGAGAUGGCGCGCCGCUUGGCCGAUGAGCGAGCAAGUGCGGAACGGCGGUAUAAUAGCCAAGUGGAUCAGCUGGGCGGCGAUCUGAGUAGUCAGUGGGAGCAGGUGGCCAAGCUGCAGCUGGAAUUGGAGCGCCAGAAGCGCUAUGAGACCGAUCUGAAACGCGAUGUGGCUAACCGAAAUUCCCAAAUCGAGGAGCUCAAGAUGGAGUUGCGCGGAAAUCGCGCCACAUUCCUCGCAGACAUGGCGCAGGCGAACGCCGAGAAGCAGUCUCUGGAGCAAGAGAUUACCGCGCUGCGACUGCAGCUGGAUCGGGCGGCACGCGAAACCAAAACGGAGGCAGCUCGCUUAACGGCAGAGAUUAACUCUCUGCGCCAGCGUCUGGAUCGUGGUGAUGCCGAUAUACUCCACUCGAAGCGAGAGGUUUUGCGUUUGAACGAUGAGAUUGCCAAUCUGGAGAAGGAGUUGGCUUACGGUGAGCUGAAGAACGAAAUUCGACCCACCAAAAAAGAUUUGGACAAACGCAUUUCCGAGAUGCAGGAUAAGCAUGCGGAAACGGUAAAUGAGCUCGAAGAAAUGAUAACGUCUCAGAAGCAACUCAUGGAUAAACUGACGAAUGAGUGCAAAACGUUAACCGGCAAAUUAGAGGAUACAACCUAUAAGCACAAAGAGGAAAUAUCUGCUUUACAAUCGAAUCUAGAGUAUUUGUCUAAUCGCAUGUUGAGCAAUGAAGAGCAUAUGAGUAAAUUAGAUACCACCCCACAUGAUUAUACUAGCUUAGGCGCCGGCAAAGCCGCAUACGAUUACCAGCCGUCCACAUAUGGCACAACAAUUGAACCCAUACAAAGCACCCCACAACAACUACACAACAACGCUGACGACGACUACGGCUACGAUGCAACAGCAGCAGCAGCAACAACAGCAGCAACAGCAGCAGCAGGAGCAGCCAUCGACAGCAGCAACAGCAACACAAUUGCUGGCGCAGCUGCAGCAGCGCGCAAGAGCAGCAUCAGCAAUGACAACGGCUACGGACUCAACGAUAACGAUGACGAAAAUCUCAAGGACAACCUUGGCAUGGGCGAAAAGCAACAGCAACAGCAGCAGCAGCAACAACAAGAGCUGGAGCAACAACAACAACAGCAACGGGAGCGACAACGCGAACGUGAACGCGAGGAGCGAGAUCGGGAACUGCAACAGUUGCGGGAGCAGCGGGAGAAACGUGAUCGUGAACGUGAACAAACCGAACAGCAGCAACAGCAACAGCAACAGCGACGCUACAGCAAUGCAGAGCCCGAACAACAACAACAGCAGCAGCAGCAACAACCCCUUGGCGAUGGCAGCAUCUCGAAUGCCGACAGCGCAAACCUGGCCGCCUACAACACCGAUUACAGCGCCUACGAUCAGCAGCAGUACGAUGCCAGUGCCUACGAUCCGAGCGCCUAUGCCCAGCAGCCGUAUGGCGAUGGCCAGCAGUAUGGCUAUGAUGCCAAUGCCGGCUACGAUUACAGCGGGGCGGACUAUGCACAGUCCGGAUAUCAGUAUGAUGCCGCGCCAGACGCAGCCACAGCCAACAGCCAGCAGCCAUACCGACGACGACGACAACGCCAGCAGGUGCAGCAGCAGCAGCAGCAGCAGCAACAACAGCCCCAACAGCAGCAGCAGCAGCAACAGCAGCGAGCCGACCACAAUCGCGCCCGAGCAGCGGAGCUGUGGGGCCAGCAGCUGCAGGUGGCAACAUCGCCGGCAGCCGAUCCGCUCUGCCACAACAGUCUGCCACGGCAGUUGCCGGCAAGAAGUAGCUGGAGUCCUGAGUCCACGGAGCUCACGCCCCUCGAUCCGCUGCAGUUGGAGUUUGGCAUUAGCAGUCCCAGCCUGAUGCGCUCCAGCGAUGCCUCCAAUCUCGACGAUGAUGCCACCUGUGAUGGCUUGAGUGAAACGUAUAUCCUGCAGGUGGACGACUCGGAUGCCAGUCUAUCGCCAGCACACACCACCAUUGUCACAGUGCGGCGAGCAAGUGCGCCAGCUGUGGUGCACCAGGACCUCAACGAGACGAUCAUAUUACAAGCUGAACAGAAGCAGGAACAGCAGCAGCGGGUUGAUCAUUGAGUGUGACCAACGUGACGGACUAGUUGUAGUUAAGCACAAGUUUUCCAGUUGCUAGUCCAACUUACUCCAUUAGGGAGACUUCCAUCAUAAAUAUUAUACUCAUAUGUUUCGGAUUGGCAUUUUUUCUACAAAUAACCAAUAUUUGAUAUUAUCGUU